AUGCCCGACGCCAAUGACACUCAGGUCUAUAAACUCAAUCCGCUCCGGAGGGGAAUUGAACCCCUGCUCUUCGGGUUUGAUUCAGCGGUGUUUGGUUUGGGUCGCAACCAAUUGGUGAAUACGAGUGGUUAUCCCGAUAUAGUGAACGCUUAUAAGCAAUAUAUACUUCAAUCGGCACUACUAUUAGGCGCUAAGAAUGACAGCCAAACUCAUCAGGAUAUUGAGGAUUUGCUUAACUUUGAGUCUCAAUUAGCGCAGGAAACACUAACUCAGGAAGAAAAACGCGAUUCCAGUGUUUGGUAUAAUAGGAUGUCAUUUGAAGGGUUCAAUGAAUUGACUGAUAAUAGAGUCGAUUGGCUGAACAUAACGAACAGAAUCUACUCUAAACUCAAUUCAACGAUUCGCGUCAAAAGCGACGAUAUAGUGAUCCUUCAGGACAUCAAAUACUAUAAAUCUGUGACCAAAUUGCUGUCGGAGACGCCUCCGAGAGUUAUCGCCAACUAUUUCGGGUGGUAUGCGGUCAGCGGUUUGAGUUCGUGGACUACCAGUGCUUUCAGAAGUGUCACCUUUGAGUUCAGUAAAGUAACCUCUGGUGCCGUCAAAGAUGUCGAGCUCUGGAGAUAUUGUUUGAAUGACUUGUCUAAUGGUUUGGAGUACGCUAUCAGUCGACUGUAUAUUGAUAAGAGUUUCAGCAAAAAAGAUAAACAAGAAGCGUCGCUUAUCAUAAAAGACAUCAAAGACUCGUUUUAUGAGUUGAUUGAAGAGAGCGAUUGGUUGGACGAGAGCACCAAAAAUAAGUCUUUGAUUAAAUUGGAUGCAAUUCAUCGUAAUGUCGGGUAUCCCGACUGGAUAUUAGACGACAAAGAAUUGGAUAAUUACUAUAAAUUGAAACAAAAAGUGGAUUCAAAACACUUCUUUGAAAGCGUGCUAUACUUACAACAGACCUGGCCAAUGGCUCCCCAUAUAGUGAAUGCCGCCUACGAACCCACACAGAAUUCAAUCACUAUACCUGCUGGUCAAUUAACUCCUCCUUAUUUUGACGCCAAUAUACCGGCUCAUAUCAACUACGGAGCCAUUGGAUCGGUUGUGGGACAUGAGUUGACCCAUGGAUUUGAUGACGAGGGCAGCCAAUUUGACGCUGAUGGAAAUCUAGUCAAUUGGUGGACACAAGCAAUACAUAAGCGUUUCGAUGAAAAGGCCAAUUGUUUUAUUGAUGAAUACAACAGUUAUAUCGACACACAAACUCAAAUGAGAUUGAAUGGAAAAAAUACUGUCGGAGAAAAUAUCGCAGAUAACGGGGGUAUAAGGGAGUCAUAUAAAGCAUAUGAAGUAUAUGUGAGAACACAUGAAAACCCGCAACGACUGCCACAUAUCGACAAAUAUACGGCUGAACAACAACGUGGUGUACAAUAUACAGAACUGAAUACAUGAAAAAUAUGAUUCAAUACAACCCGCACAGUCCCGCCAAAUACCGAGUGAAUGUCCCUGUUUCUAAUUUCAAGACAUUUUCAGACGUUUAUAAAUGUAGUGCCGAUUCCCGUAUGAAUAGGAAAGACAAGUGUGUUUUGUGGUAAAUGGUGUUUAAGAUAUCAAAUACAAGGG